GCUCUGAGCCUCCUUGUCGCCUGGGCUUAGAUGGCUCCCGCAAAGAAGGGCGGCGAGAAGAAGAAGGGCCGGUCCGCCAUCAACGAGGUGGUGACCAGAGAAUACACCAUCAACAUUCACAAGCGCAUCCAUGGAGUGGGUUUCAAGAAGCGUGCCCCUCGGGCACUCAAAGAAAUACGGAAAUUUGCCAUGAAGGAGAUGGGAACUCCAGAUGUACGCAUUGACACCAGGCUCAACAAAGCUGUCUGGGCCAAAGGAAUAAGGAAUGUUCCGUACCGUAUCCGUGUGCGGUUGUCCAGAAAACGGAAUGAAGAUGAAGAUUCACCAAACAAGCUCUAUACGUUGGUUACCUAUGUACCUGUCACCACUUUCAAAAACCUACAGACAGUUAAUGUGGAUGAGAACUAACGGCUGAUUGUCCAAUAAAGUUACAGAGCUGCCUUCGCA